UUGCAGGCUGUUGUUUACUUCAUCGAUCAAAUGGCUAAUUGCUUUGCUUUCUUCUUGUUCUUUCUUGUUGAAACAGUUGCAAGUCAGGGAGAUGGUUCAGGGAGUAGUGUAUGCCCUCAAGCGUGCAACUGCAGCUCGUUUCCUGUCGUCGACUGCAAACACAAAGGACUGUCGGAGGUGCCUCUAGAUCUUCCUGACAAUCUAACACAUCUAUACCUGGAAGGCAAUUCCAUAUCUCACUUGGACGCGUUAGAUAAAGUAUCAGCGGAUCUGCGAUCUCUGAUUGUGCUGAAUCUCAAUGACAAUAAAGUCACCACAUUGAAACGAAAUACUUUCAAGGAGGUACCUCGUCUACAGCAACUGUAUCUGAAAAACAACAGAAUUGCUGUGAUCGAUGAGCCUGCAACAUCUUUCUCAUCUCUAUCACUAUUACGUCUUGGGGACAACCCAUUUCAAUGUGACUGUCAAUUACUACCAUUUCGACGUUGGCUGGAGAAUACUCAAGUAGACAUCGACAUCUCAGACAUUCUCUGCAGUUGGCCGACGAGUGCAGUUCGAGUGCUCGAUGUUUCACAGAAUGCUCUUAUAUGUGAUGAUGUUGAUGAAUGCAGUCGGAUUGAUAGAGGUGGUUGCCAACAUCGGUGUGUCAACAGCCAUGGCAGCUAUUCGUGUGUAUGCAAUCCUGGGUAUAAUAUUCAGUCGGAUGGUUUGUCGUGUCGCGAUAUCAAUGAGUGCUUGGAAUUUUCUAACAGUUGCAAGCAAGGUUGCAUGAAUCUUGAAGGCAACUAUAUGUGUCUUUGUACGAGAAAUCUGGUUCUAGCAGCAGACAAGAAGUCUUGUGUUGUUGCUGAUCAGCAAUCGUGUUCUCCUGAAAUAACUGUUGAUGACAAAGGCACAUUUCCAUGGCAACAAACAACAGCUGGAACGGUUGCGUUUCUAGACUGCCCGAUCGGUUUUCAGGCAAUGUCAACGAUGGUUGCUAAUGCAACUAGAAUGUGCAAUGAAAACCGCCAGUGGGGUAAAUCUAAUACAUCACGGUGUCUCUAUUUGUCUGACACCACACGGUGGUUGGAUGCAUAUUCUCAAGCAACUGUUUCUGUUGGAAACAGGAAUCAGAUUGCAGCUGUAGUGAAGAGAUUGAUAAGCGGUGCUGUCAAUUUGAGUUCAGACGAUCUCGUGUAUGCGACUACUCUUUUGGAACGUGUCUGGGAUCCUCGCUUUGGGACAGCUAGUCUACAGAUUGGCACAGAUGGUGUCGAAACGGUGUCUCAACUGGUUUCUGCUACAAGCUCUAAUCUUGAUUAUGGACAGAUGCAUUUUCAGACCAGCACCCGAUUAUUGAAUUUGAUUGAGAUCUAUGGGGAGUCGAUUGCUUUACCGUUUGGUAUCUCUUCUAUGAAUAUGCAAUCAGACAACUUGGCUGUGAGGAUUAUAGACUCCAACCCGUCUUCGUUUGAUGGUGCUACCUUUGUAGCGGUCAGUCCUGCUACUGGUGCAUCAGGCAGGAGAUUUGAUUUACUGGCAACAAAUGGCAAGGAUUCCUUACUUGAGACUGCAGGAGAUAACAUGAUUGCUGGAAUACGAUUACCGCCUGCUGUUCUUAACGAACUUGGAUUAAGUGCUUCAAUGGUUCGAGUUCAGUUGGUGGUGUAUGCAUUGAAUGCAUUGUUUCGGACUCGUGAUUCUUCGGCGGUGAGUUUGAGUGAGGAGUGGGUUGUUGGAAGCAAGGUUACAGUUUCUGGUAGUCGUGUGGUACAAAUCCAGAGUGAGGUCGAAAUUGCAAUCAGGCAUCGUCAACUUGGAAAUCAUGAGGUUGCUGUGUGUGCUUACUGGAAUUCAUCAGUAAACGAUCAACUUGGUGGUUGGUUGACUGAUGGUUGUUGGCGUGAUGCCGAGAUGAGUAACAGUAAGGUGACUGUAUGCAAAUGCAAUCAUUUAACAAACUUUGGCAUUUUAUUGACAUCGACUUGUGCUAAUUGCACUGAACAUGAUCGCGAACUUCAUCUUGAAGUCUACAUUGGGUGUGGUGUGUCUCUCUUUUUUGUGUGCCUUAUGUUUGUAUUAAUCGCUCUUGUGCGGGAACAAAAAACAUCAACUUAUAUGAAAAUUCAGAAGAACUUUGCAAUUGCUCACAUAUUCAUUAUGGUACCAUUUCUGGCUGGAAUAUUUAGGACAUCGCCAAACGGUGUGUGUCAAGCUGUUGCUGCUGUGCUUCAUUUUGGAUUGCUUUCAGCCCUUGUGUGGCUUGCCAUUGAAGCAAUAACAUUUUACAUUAAACAGACUCGGAGGAUAGGGGUCACACAGAACACAAAUAUUUUGAAGCGAUUUGCUUUCGCUUGGGGCCUACCUCUGAGUGUUGUUGUGUCACUGGUUGUCAUAGGCAAUGUUACAAAUGUUUCGAUUUAUGGCGGCACAGAAUUUUGCUGGAUAGAACAUAAUGUCACUCUUAUAACGACAUUUUAUGUUCCGUUUGGACUUCUCAUUGGUUUCAACCUUGUUCUCUACUUUCUCAUUCAUCGGGUCAUUGGUCGGACACCACAGCCAGCCGAUCUAUUGCGUCUGCGGACAAAUGCGGUGACACUCACUCUUUUCGUUCUUACUGUUUUGUUUGGAUGUUUGGUAAUCCUCGGUACCGUUGACGACCACCUGGCAUUUCGAGUUAUAUUCAUCACAUUUUGCGUUAUGCAUGCUGGCUCGAUGCUGCUUUUGCAGUGUGGGUUGAAUGUGGAAGUGAGAACGAAAAUCAAAGCUGUGUUGUUUACCAACAAACAGAUGCUCUCCUACAGUCGUGCCACGUCUCAUACGUAUUUGGAUGACAGAAAUUCUUCACUGGAAAGAUCGAAUCUUUCAUCGGUAGGUGAUCAUGACGUUGAUGGAAGACAAACUUAUCGUAAUCCAACUUCACUUGAGCAAGUAGAAGACCACCACUACCGUGAUGUUGACUGGAGCUUAAGACAUAGUCGUACAGUGCUCCAGCCUUCAAGACCUAUCGGACAGCCAAUGAUUGUGUCCUCUGGUCAGCCUCGCAGACAACAAGUGUAUCUUUCUACCGAUGGAAGGGCACUUUAUAGACAUAAUGUCGUACCUCGUUUUAUGCCAGAUCGUCGAGGAGAGAGGAAUUUGGUAGAGAGCACACAGCAGAAUUUGUUUUGGCAACAAGGCCCGUGGUGGAGUAACUCUAAUGUGAAUGAUGAUGCAGCCAGUGGAAGGUUGAUUCGUAAGUCAUCUUCACGCAACAAGAUGUCAAAAAGAAUAAACAAACAGCAAGUAUCGGAAUCGGAAGAGUCAUCGACUCCACAGUUUGUUUGAUGCGAUAUGACAUCAGUCCAGAAACGGUGGCAUGUGACAUACUAUGCUGACCGUAUCCGUACGAAGGAUAUCACAAGCAUUAAAAUUUUGUGAAUUCGAUUAUGGUCUAUACUACUAAGAUGUACAAUGGAUGUCUGCAUGUCUGUAAAUGUGGUACUCGACUGUGAACUUGUGGAAAUUGAUUGUCAUCAUUUGUAUGUGAACUAGUACUGAUUUUCAGUUUUUAUUACUACUGUUUACAUUUACAUCUUACCCACUGGCCUGAUGUCUUGGUUGCUGUGGUUUUUUUUGUCUUAGAUCAAAUUUCAUAAAUCCUCCGAAGUGUUUGACAGAGGCAAUGCUGUCUGUUCGGAAUCUGAAAUGUCAAGGUCCGAAUCUUAUAACUCUCCAAUUGCUUGAAGUUUGGUACAAGAAUUUGAAAGGCCGAGUUGAGUGGGUCAAGUUUAUCAGAAACAUUUUCCCUGAAUUUUAUUAAUGGUUUGAAACAAGAUGGUGUUUGGUCUCGGUAUCUAGUACUGUACAGCACGUUUGC